AUGGUCAUCGAGAAAUCAAUGACACUAGCACGACGACAAUAUAGUCUUACAGGUGAAGUAGCGCGCAAUGUGGCAGCGCAAACGAGUAAAAACUCCGAUGCUACAAGUGCCGCUAUGAAGAAAGCAGCAGAAGCUACUCGAGUUCUCUUUAAGCUUAUAGGUAGUGCAGAAGGACUGCAAAAAGAAUGA